CGGCACAGUUCCUCGCGGGGUCGGUCGCUAAGGCAGUUGGUGGAAGUGUCGCUGGUUUACAGCGGGGCUCGCAGUGCACGUUGGGCAGGUUCUGCAGCAUAGCUGGAAAAAACAGUAAUUUACUGAAGCUCUUUAUUACCAACAUUGGACUGCAAGUGCAGAUUAAAGUAUGGCAAUGGAGAUCAACUUUCUAAGAGAUCAAAAUCAGAGACUAAAUGCAGCACUCAGACAGCAUCAAGCAGAGAACCUUUUGAGGACUACCUCUGUGCAAAAAAAUGUUGUAAGGGGUGAUGACCCACUGGAACCGUGGCUGACUGACCAAAGCUUACUGUCCCCUCUAAUUGCUGAGUAUGAUAAACAUCUGGAGGAAAUGAGUGAACAGCUACAGUACUAUCAGACACAGAUGGGUGAGAUGAGACUAAAACUUCAAGAAGUCACCGAGGAAAAUGAAAGACUGCAUGAGGAAUUGAAAGAAGCUGUUGAGAAGCAGCUGGAGGCCCUUCCUUCUGGCACUCUCUUGGGGAGUGAUGUGUUUGCAGAUGAAGAAAUAGUAAGAAACCUUCAAGAUCAGUUACAACUAGCCAAUCAAGAAAAAGAGCAAGCACUAGAGCUCUGGCAGACAGUAUCACAGGAACUAGAUCAACUCCAUCAGCAGUACCAGGGGCACAUGACUGAAGCACAGAUUCAUGUGGUAGAAAGGCAAAAGCAAAAAGAUCAGUUGGCUGGCUUUCAACAACUGACUGAGCAACUUCGAUUAGCCAAUGAGAAAACAGAGUUGACUAACCAACAAUUUUUGAAAACAGUAACAGAACAGAAUAUGGAACUAGAACAGCUACGCAAACAACUGAGGCAAGCCAAAGUAGAUGUGAGAACAGCAACUGCUAAAGUUGAUGAAAUGACCAAGUUGUUAGUGGACCUUCAAGCCAAGAUGGAGAGAAAGGAAGAAGAUGUAGUAUCUGCUCAGGAGAGAGAGGAAGCAUCAGACAAACGCUUGCAGCAAUUGCAGUCUAGCAUAAAACAAUUGGAGACGAGAUUAUGUGUAGCUGUACAAGACGCUGAACAAUUGAGAACAGAGAGGACUGCUCUCGAAAAACAAACUAGAGAGCUACAGGCAAAGUGUGCAGAUCUAGAAGAGGAAAAAUACGAUGCUAUAGUAAAAGUCCGAGACAGCAUGCAACUCUUAGAAGAAGCUAACCUACAAAAAAAUCAGGCCCUGCUCGGAGAAAAGCAAAAAGAAGGGGAGAUAGAAAAUAUGAAAGAAGCAAUUUCUCAGCUUGUACAAGAUGCUGCUGCAAGAACUAGAAAGGAAGUAGAGAAUGCAAGGAAGCAUUACAAUAUACAGAUUUCUCGAUUAACAGAAGAACUUUCUGCUCUUCAAAUGGAAUGUGGAGACAAGCAGAGUCAAAUUGAACGGGCCAUUAGAGAGAAGCGAGCAGUGGAAGAAGAACUUGAGAAAAUUUACCGUGAAGGCAGAGGAAGUGAAUGUGAUUACAGAAAACUGGAGGAACUGCACCAAAGGUGUCUGAUUGCAGAGCGUACAAAAGAUGACCUUCAGCUGUGUCUACAGGCGGCACGAAACAAAAUUAAACAACUGGAAAUGAACUCUGAGGAAGAGAUAUCUCGUUGCCAGGAAAUGGUUUGCAAGCUGCAAAGCAUUCUGGAUUCUGAAAGAGAAAACUCUGGCUCUAUGAGUGAACAAAGACUAAAACUUCAUCAAGAAAAUGAACAGUUGCGCAAAGAAGCAGAGGACUUGAGGAAACUGGCCAUGGAGGCACAACAAAAAGCUAAAUUAAAGAUAAGCACAAUGGAACAUGAGCAUUCAGUGAAGGAGCAUGGGUUUGAGGUUCGACUGAAAGAGAUGGAAGUCACUAAUCGAAAUUCCACUGUUCAACUGAGACAUCUGUUGGUGGCUCAGCAAAAAGCAACGAACCGGUGGAAGGAAGAAACAAAGAAGCUUACAGAAACUACAGAAACCAGGAUCUGUAAUCUGAAAAGUGAGCUGAGUCGACAGAAACUUCAUACACAAGAGCUGAUUUCUCAGCUGGAAAUGGCAAAUGAAAAGAUAGCCGAGAAUGAAAAAUUAAUGAUGGAGCAUCAAGAAAAAGUCAACAGACUUCAAAGGCGACUAACACAGGCAGAACAGAGGGCAGCUAUAGCAUCUCAACAGGUACAAAACUGUAAUCAGAAAACAACCUUAUUACAGCUGCAUAACAAGAGGUCUUUGAAUGUUACAAGAAAAAAUGUUAUUUUGGAAUCUCCCUAGGGUAGAGCUCAAUGUGAUUACUGUGCAGAGGAAAAAAGCUGCCUCCGUGGUGGAUCUAGAAAAUAUUUAAAAAAUAUACUUUGUUCAUUCACACCACUUAGGAAUUGGAAAAUCUGUCACAGGAACACGGUAUUGGAGCAUUAAAGUCUAUAGUGCACAGCUAGACUUGUGUAAUUUGCAUAAACAUUUUCCAUUCUAUUUGCACAAGAGGGGAAAAAAGCUGAAUUGUGGCUCCUUCACAGUAAAUACAGUGAGUCUGCAAAAUAAUACGAUUUCAAAUGUAGAAUGAAGCCUACCUUCAUCAAUGUAAAAUUACACAAAUGUACUGUGCAUAGUAUGGUUUUUGUUUUUGUUUUACUUAAUGGCAAUCAUGACAAAGUAGUAUUAAAGAAAUAUAUACCAAUGUGCUGGCAAUUAUAAACACCUUUACUCUAUAUGUACAAAUGAUUUGUUUAAUUACAUUUUGUAUGACAUUUUCUUAAUGUACAUGUGCAAUGUAAUAAAUUAUGUACUUUCUAAACAGAUUGUGUGCAUGGGAAAGAAUGGACUGCAUCCUCUUUGGUGAAUGAAACUGAGAAAUUAGUUAUGUCCUAAGUUUCAAAUAGUGGGGGUGUAUGGUAAUUUUGCACAUGGCUGCCCUGCCUUUCACUGUUUUGAGUACUCUAUUCGUGGUUUUUUUUCAGUUUGUUUCCUCUGUGAUGUCCAUUGAAAAGAGUAAAAUGUAGACACUAAACCGGUCUCUGGUACACUCAGGCUCUUCCAAUUGUACUCUUACUGUAAUUGCUACUUCACAGUUGUGCCUUACCUCUGUGAUCAGCUCCUUUCCCUGGUAUGCACGUGUAUGGGAACCUGUGGCAACUGUUAUUCCUAGCAGCACACUAUACAACAUCCUAGGUGAAGUCAUAUAGAAGAAUUUGUAGUGAUUAUGCACCCCCCUUGACUCUUUCAGAUCAAAAUAUUCAUUUUAAUUCCACAGAAUAAGGGUUCAAGGACUUUCCUAAGAUUACAUUUUGUCCUUUUUGCUUUGAGGAUGGCAAAUUCUAUGCAAUUACUAUAAAAAAGGCGUUUGAAGGAAAAUUAGCAUAUUAGACUCUUAACUGUUUUCUCUUUAAGCAUAUAUAACAUUUGAAAAUUCAUCUGGCAGAUCUUGAAAGUCCAUCAUUGUCUGAAGUAAGUGAUUUUAAUUUCUUGUGUGUUUAUUUGAAGGUUUUCACAAUACUGUACAUUUCCUUCUCCCUUGCAGUAUAUUUACAAUAUAAAGGACAAUGCAACUUAAAAUUAUUUGGACUGAUAAUUCACCCAUGCUUACCUGAAAAUUUCCUUUCUUUGAAUAAGAUGCAUAGAUUUUUACAAUGGAUCUUCAGCCUGCUUGCAUCUUUAGGGGCAGAACCAGACAGUCAGUCGCUGGCAGGUAGGGGUCUCUCCUGCCCGCAAGGAGUCUGUCAGUUAAGACAACUUCCAUAGCUAAGGAUAAAUCUCAUUUAAUAAUCUAAGAAAAAAACUGUACUUAAGAAAGAAUAACUACUGCUGUCUCCUACCGCGGAGCAUACUUUUAAACAAUCACUUCCUCAGUUUGAUGUAUCCCAGUGCCAAGCCCUAUUUAUAACAGAAAACUCUGCCAAGGGCGGGCUGGCUCUGUGAACCUGUUACUCAAAGUUGGUUUUCAAGUAAGCAUGGAUCCACUUUCCUGUUUCUCCUUAUACCCUAUUAGCCACCACAUUAUUCCAAUUAAUCUUUGUUCCCAAAAAAUAGGCGAGGCUUGCAGCAUGCCAGAAAGAUCACUAAAAACCUAGACACUAAGCCAAAAGAGAGAGUGCAUUUGAAAACCUGUGGUCCCUCACUGAGAGCACCUCACUUGCUGUCCGUCUCUUUGCAUUUAAACAGGGAGCAUGAGCACCUCAGCUGAUCUCAUACAGAGCUAGUUUUACUAAAUAUGCAAAUUUUACAGUAUCUUCUUUUAAUCUUUUAACGCCUCUGCCCUUGUCAUGUCACAGUGCUGCAGUUCAUAUACUUACUUCCUAAAAACCCAUCUUCAUACAAGAGAAAAGCUGCCUGUUUUCUCAUAUUUUAUUUGCACUUUUAUUUUAUUGGCACAAUCAGCAAUAGAUGGGAGUAUAAUUGAAAGAAUGUCCUAAAAUCAAAGGAAUAGUUUAUUUAAUCAGAAACAAGCACUCUCUGGUUCUAGUAAAUUAAAGAUGGCUUAUUGAAAUGUUUACCAUUU